UAAAACUCUGUUGCAUGCUGACAUUUCCCUAAUGAUGAAUGCAAUUCAAAGUCAAUUCUAUAUACCAGGACUUAAAAGAACUGUUAAAAAAUGUGUUCACCAUUGUUUAGUGUGCGUCCGGUAUAAGCAAAAGCUGAAGUCUCAGAUUAUGGCAGCUCUGCCCCCGGAAAGAUGCUCCUUUUCUUUACCAUUCACUUAUGCGGGUGUUGAUUUUGCGGGACCUUUUCAGAUAAAAUCAGGUAACUUGCGAAACUCUCCUUAUAUGAAAGGAUACGCUUGUAUAUUUGUUUGCUUUUCAACAAAAGCUAUACAUUUGGAAGCGUGCUCUAGCUUAUCCUCCGACGCGUUUUUAGCAGCUUUCGCACGGUUUACGGGUAGAAGAGGGUUGCCUAAACGCCUUAUGUCCGAUAAUGGCACAAAUUUUCUCGGCGCCAGUAGAUCGUUGCGAAAGGAAUCUCUCUUAUUUUUACGAAAAUCGGCAGAAGAUAUAAGUAAAAAAUAUGCAGUCCAUGGUUUUGAGUGGAAGUUCAUUCCCCCUAGUGCUCCACAUAUGGGAGGUCUUUGGGAGGCUGGUGUAAAAAGUUUUAAGAUUCACUUUCAGAAAAUAGCCGGCAACCAAAAGUUUAACUUUGAAGAGUUCUCGACUCUAUUAACCCGAAUUGAAAGUGUCCUAAACUCCAGACCUCUUUCCCCAAUGUCCGAGGAUCCUGAAGAUUUACAAGCCCUAACUCCUGGUCACUUUUUAAGAGGAGCUCCAUUGAUGUUCGCCCCUGAACUGCCUUCAGAGAAUUUAUCGAUAAUAAACCGAUGGGAGCGGCUCAAGGCCUUUCAUCAUCGUCUUAGUCAACGCUGGAAGACUGAAUAUCUUCAUGAACUUCACAAGCAUUACAAAUGGUAA